AGAGAAAGGAUGUGAGAAAGGAAGAGAAAGGGAGAAAAAAAUAAAGACCGAAAAAGCAGAAGGAAAAAUAAGGACACUGAAUAACAAUAAAGGAAGAGAACGAAGAGGAAUGUCCGAAUCCGGUGCGGGGGGCAGCUCUGUGUACGAUACCAGCUCGCUGCUGCAGUAUUGUAAUGAUGAUGGCCUCUCGGGUCCCAGUGCGAUGGACACAGACGAUCGAAUCUCUAACCUGGAACAACGUCUCCAGCUCCAAGAGGACGAAAUGCAGGUUCUGCGAGCGGCGCUCAGCGAUGCCCUGAGACGACUGAAGGUUUGCGAGGAGAGAGGAGAUCCCCUACGGGGGAGACAGGGCCCCCAUGUGGUGAAGCCCCCUCCUCGCUCUGCACAGAAUGGUGUAGCCCCACGCCGAAGAAGUGGUCUUUCUACCUCCCCAUCAUCCCCCAAAAAGGGGGGUGCCCCAAUCUUCACAAAGAGUCUCAGACGCGCCCUCUCACCAGAGAGACUGUCCUUCCUGAAGCGAGAUGGAUCAGAUGCCAGGAACCGAUUGCUGGCAUCUAGUGGUAUAAGAAGAGACGGUAAAAGCAAACAGGUGGUAUUCUAUCCAGAGGAGGGCGUGGUGAAGCUGUACCUGCGAGGACGUUCAGUCCCACUCUUUGUUCCUGACUCACUGGUUGCCUCGUACAGUCUUGAAACCAAGGGAGAACUUCCCCCCAAAGAACUACAGCUUGAAUGGGUAUACGGGUAUCGGGGGCGAGAUUGCCGGAGUAACCUCUUUCUUCUGCCAUCAGGGGAGUUGCUGUAUUUCACAGCAGCCGUCUGUGUCCUGUACGACCCUGCUGCUGGCACUCAGCGACACUAUCGUGGACAUACUGAUGACAUCAAGAGUCUGGCUGUCCACCCCGACUCAGUGACCAUCGCCAGUGGGCAAGUGGCCGGAAACUCACAGGAUGGGAAGGCUCUUGCUCCUCAUGUCCGGAUAUGGCACUCGGUCAGCCUGUGUACUCUUCAUGUGAUUGGAGUCGGGAGUUUUGAGAGAGCGGUUACCUGCUUAAGCUUCUCCAAGGCUGAUGGUGGAAGCCAUCUAUGUGCAUGUGAUGAGUCUGGGGACCACGUUCUUUCUGUGUGGCAGUGGCAACGCGAGGUCAAAGUGACAGAGGUGAAGUGUUCCACGGAGCCAGUGCUCACUGCCAUCUUUCAUCCGACAGAUCCUAAUCUGAUAAUCACCUGCGGGAAGUCCCAGCUGUAUUACUGGAGUCUGGAAGGAGUUGGAAGUGGAAAUGCUACUCUGAGCAAGAGGCAGGGGGUAUUUGAGAAACACGAAAAGCCACGGUUUGUUCUCUGCGUGGCAUUUGCUGAGAAUGGAGAUGUCGUUACAGGAGAUUCCAACGGGAACCUUUUUGUUUGGGGUAAAGGCACUCACAGGAUCUCCCAGGCAAUCACCGGAGCCCACGAUGGAGGGGUGUUUGCUCUGUGUGUGUGCCGCGAUGGGACGCUCUUAUCCGGAGGAGGGAAAGAUGGACGAGUUAUUCUAUGGGACAGAGAUUACAAGCGAGUGCAGGAAACACGGAUCCCAGAGUGUUUUGGGCCAGUCCGGACCAUCGCCGAGAGUCGAGGAGGAGAGACGCUUUAUGUUGGAACCACCAAGAACUGUGUGAUGAGCGGCAACUUGGAAAGUGGACUAACUUGCUUAAUACAGGGUCACACAGAUGAGCUAUGGGGUCUCGGGUCUCACCCCUCCCAGGAUCUAUUCCUGACCUGUGGACAUGACAAACUAGUUCAUCUCUGGAAUAGUAAAGACCAUCGUCCAGUCUGGACCACCACCCUGGAGGAUCCUGCUCGGGCUGCUGGGUUUCACCCAUCUGGUGGUGUAGUAGCUGUGGGGACCUCUACUGGAAGGUUCCUUGUGCUGGACACUCAAACCCACGUUAUUGUAACGAGUAUUUCACAAGCCAGCGAGCAGAUCAGUGUAAUCCGCUACAGCCCCGAUGGUCAAUAUUUAGCAGUUGGAUCUCAUGACAACUUUAUCUAUGUCUACGAGGUGGCAGAGGAAGGUCGAGAGUACAGAUGUGUGGGCAAAUGCACGGGUCACUCUAGUUAUGUCACCCACUUGGAUUGGUCCUCAGACAGUUCCUGCUUUAUGACCAACAGUGGAGACUAUGAAAUCCUCUACUGGGACCCUGAUUCCUGUAAGCAGAUUGUUAGUGCCGACAUUGUACGCAAUGCCGACUGGGAGCAUUCUUCCUGUACGCUGAACUUCCAUGUUUUGGGAAUAUGGCCUGACGGAGCUGAUGGCACAGACCUUAAUUCUGUGACGCGUUCGCAUGACAAGAAACUUUUGGCCACUGGUGAUGAUUUUGGGAAAGUCCGUCUGUUCAAUUACCCUUGCGUGGUGCCACGGGCUCCCAGCUAUAAAUACGAUGGGCACAGCAGUCACGUGACCCGUGUCUCCUUCCUGCACGAUGACAGUGCUUUGCUUUCCACUGGUGGGAAAGACAGUACAAUACUUCAGUGGACAGUUCUGUGACCUGCACAACGGUAGAGAACCUCGACCAUGUCCCGCAGACUGUCUUACACAAUGUCACGCAGAGCAUCUAAAAACUUGUUUCGUUUUCCUCUCGUGUGUUUCACCCCAGCCUGCAGAGAAUAUUGCACCCCUUUAGCAUUGUCCUGCACCCCCACCCACCCCUCAGCCUGCUCAGCGCCUUAUCUGGGUCCACAGAAUGCCGUCUCCCACCUUUCCACAGAGCGCUGUAAACUGGCUCCUUGUCUUUUCAACACCUCGCUAUCUCAUUCUCUUGCAGAUUCUCUCACUCUUUGCUGCUGAACAGAGCUCUUUAGCUAAAGCUUUAAAGGCUGGAUGUGGCCCUCAGAGGCUUCUCAUGAGUUUGUCUGCUUGAAACCUCAGUAGGCAUUAUUCUGUUACUUAGAUAUGGUUUUAGUUUGGUUUGUCUCUGCUACAGCUCUUUUCGUUGAAAUGCCGGACAGUACAGCUGUAGCAAUUUGCAGCAAGUGGUCUCGUACAGGGACCCAUAGGCCUGUAAACUGUUUCACUCUGAAUUGCAUCUAAACCUUACUACCUGUAGACCAGACCCUCAACAACCCCUGUAAUUCCUGCAGCCGGUUUAGUUUUUCCAUGGAUGUUUUUAAGGUGCUGCUAUUGAUAAAUCACAGCAAUAAAAAAAAUAAAAAUAAA